ACAGUAUUUUUUUUUUCUCAAUCAAGUUGAAUAAAAUAGCCACUACCUCAUUUUCAUGGCCCUCCUUUGAGUUUAGCUCCUCAACAACAAUGGCGGCUGCAUCUCCAUCUCCUUGUUUUUCCAAAACCCUACCUCCAUCUUCAUCAAAAUCUUCCACCCUUCUUCCCAAAUCUACCUUUACUUUCCACAAUCACCCCAAAAAAGCAUCACCCCUUCACCUUACCCACACCCAACAUCAUAGCCGUUUCACUGUCUCAAAUGUCAUCCUAUCAACCACGACCCAUGACGACGUUUCUGAACCCGAAAUCUUUGUUUCCCGUUUCGCCCCUGACGAACCCAGAAAGGGUUGUGAUGUUCUUGUGGAGGCACUUGAAAGGGAAGGGGUUAAGGAUGUGUUUGCAUACCCAGGAGGUGCUUCCAUGGAGAUUCAUCAAGCUUUGACACGUUCGAAUAUUAUUCGUAAUGUGCUGCCACGUCAUGAACAGGGUGGUGUGUUUGCUGCAGAGGGUUACGCACGGGCUACUGGGUUCCCUGGUGUUUGUAUUGCUACAUCUGGUCCGGGAGCUACGAAUCUUGUUAGCGGUCUUGCUGAUGCUUUGUUGGAUAGUAUCCCGAUUGUUGCUAUUACCGGUCAAGUGCCGAGGAGGAUGAUUGGUACUGAUGCGUUUCAGGAAACUCCUAUUGUUGAGGUAACGAGAUCCAUUACGAAGCAUAAUUAUCUUGUUAUGGAUGUAGAGGAUAUUCCUAGGGUUGUUCGUGAAGCGUUUUUUCUAGCGAAAUCAGGACGGCCUGGACCUGUUUUGAUUGAUGUUCCUAAGGAUAUUCAGCAACAAUUGGUGAUACCUAAUUGGGAUCAGCCAAUGAGGUUGCCUGGUUACAUGUCUAGGUUGCCUAAAUUACCUAAUGAGAUGCUUUUGGAACAAAUUGUUAGGCUGAUUUCGGAGUCAAAGAAGCCUGUUUUGUAUGUGGGUGGUGGGUGUUCACAGUCGAGUGAGGAGCUGAGACGCUUUGUGGAGCUUACGGGUAUUCCUGUGGCGAGUACUUUGAUGGGUCUUGGAGCUUUUCCAAGUGGGGAUGAGCUUUCUCUUCAAAUGUUGGGUAUGCAUGGGACUGUGUAUGCUAAUUAUGCGGUGGAUAGUAGUGAUUUGUUGCUUGCAUUUGGGGUGAGGUUUGAUGAUCGAGUUACUGGUAAAUUGGAAGCUUUUGCUAGCCGAGCUAAGAUUGUCCAUAUUGAUAUUGAUUCGGCUGAGAUUGGAAAGAACAAGCAACCUCAUGUUUCCAUCUGUGCAGAUAUCAAGUUGGCAUUAAAGGGUUUGAAUUCCGUAUUCGAGAGUAAAAAAGGUAAGCUGAAGUUGGACUUUUCUGCUUGGAGGCAGGAGUUAACGGAGCAGAAGGUGAAGUACCCAUUGAAUUUUAAGACUUUCGGUGAAGCCAUCCCUCCCCAAUAUGCUAUUCAGGUUCUUGAUGAGUUAACUAACGGAAAUGCCAUCAUUAGUACUGGUGUGGGGCAACACCAAAUGUGGGCUGCCCAACACUACAAGUACAAAAAGCCACGCCAAUGGCUGACAUCUGGUGGAUUAGGAGCAAUGGGAUUUGGUUUGCCUGCUGCUAUAGGUGCGGCUGUUGGAAGACCGGGUGAGAUUGUGGUUGAUAUUGAUGGUGAUGGGAGUUUUAUUAUGAAUGUGCAGGAGUUGGCAACAAUUAAGGUGGAGAAUCUCCCAGUUAAGAUUAUGUUGCUGAAUAAUCAACACUUGGGAAUGGUGGUUCAGUGGGAGGAUCGAUUCUAUAAAGCUAACAGAGCACACACUUACUUGGGUAAUCCUGCUAAUGAGGAAGAGAUCUUCCCUAAUAUGCUGAAAUUUGCAGAGGCUUGUGGCGUACCUGCUGCAAGAGUGUCACACAGGGAUGAUCUUAGAGCUGCCAUUCAAAAGAUGUUAGACACUCCUGGGCCAUACUUGUUGGAUGUGAUUGUACCUCAUCAGGAGCAUGUUCUACCGAUGAUUCCCAGUGGCGGUGCUUUCAAAGAUGUGAUUACGGAGGGUGAUGGGAGACGUUCCUAUUGACUUUGAGAAGCUACAUAACUAGUUCAAGGCAUUGUAUUUAUCUAAAAUAAACUUGAUAUUUAUGUUUACUUAAAAGUUUUUCAUCAUCUUGCUUUGGUUAAAUGUGAAGGAUUUUAGAAUUUUUUGUUCUAUUGGCAGCACCAAUUAAGUAUUUGGAGCUCUAUUUAGUAUGACUAAGAUUAAUUACAAGUGAAGUAGUUAAGUUCGAUAAAUCAGCUUUGUUACAUUCUCUGUUAUUUGGUGAACAUGAAUUCCAUUUGGGAGAAGGCUAUGUCCAGCUUAAGGGCUCAAAUUUUUCAGAGAGUGCUGAUUCAAAAGCUAAUUGCUGUUGCAAGGUAUCUACUGAAGAGUGCCACUAUUUUAAUUCUUGAUGAGGUAAUCUUUGACCCCUUUUGCUCCCCGUGUGUCCGUUGACUUUUACCAUGUAUGCUCUGCGUUACAGUUCUGUGGGUGACCUUAGUAUCUUCUUAUUCACUGUAAAUGCUGGUUUAAGCCUGAAUUACCUAGGGGAUUCCCCAGGUCGUUUACACAGGGGUUUACAUAAGAUCAGCUCAGUUCUCCGGAGAAGUUUCAAGCAAUCUUGGAGAGCCUAUUUCAUCUCUGCAUGUGAAUCUUAGGGCAGUUAAUGCCAAGGAUAUCAGAGUGAAGAUUAUAAUGGAUGACACCAUUUUGCCUUCAUCAAUAGCAACAACACCUAUAGAAGAUGGAAAAGAGAACCGUGCAGGAAAUGGGAAAAGCCCCACAAAGGGGCAAGACGAAGAAAAUCCUUAAAUAUGCUGGCAAAUCUGUUGGUGGUGGCAUAAAGGAAGUGAUGUCUGGGAAGUCAUCAGGGAAAUCUAAAGAGGAACUAGAAUCAUCAGAGACCGAAAGAAUGAGCUCUGUGGAAUCUGAUAUUUCUGAUGCAGAGUCUCAACCUUCAUCAGUUGAUUCACCUCCAGUUGUAGCACCUUCUGUUGACAACAGUUCCACAGCCAGCUCCGGUAUUGAGACUUCUCUCUUGUAUUAAUUUCUCUCUUGAUGUAGAAUUGUGAUAUACGCGAUAUAAUAUAAAACAUAUUUGGUUUUA